GUUGGAGUUACAUUAAAAACAUCCUUGUUACUCCAUUCUCCACUCCACACCUUGUCCCAAGACAAACUUGCAUUGCACCUUUCUCUUCUCUUUUCUACAUAACAAUUGCUCUUCAUCUUCCUCUCUACUCUUCUCUUCAUACCUCUCUCCCUCCUUAAAUAAAAUAUAUCAACACUCUUGUUGAAAGGUCACAAGUGAAAAUGAAGAAAGUGGUGGUAAAGUUGGAUUUGCACGAUGACAAAGCAAAGCAGAAAGCCAUGAAAACAGUUUCUAGUCUUUCAGGCAUUGAUUCCAUCGCCAUGGACAUGAAAGAGAAGAAACUUACUGUAGUGGGUGACAUUGACCCUGUCGAUGUUGUGAGCAAAUUGAGAAAGACUUGGCACACAGAAAUUUUAUCAGUUGGGCCGGCAAAAGAGCCAGAGAAGAAGAAAGAAGAAGCUAAAAAAGAUGAUGGGAAAAAAGAUGACAAUAAGAAGAAAGAUGGUGGUGGUGAUAAGAAGAAAGAUGAAAGUGAACAAAUUGCUGAGCUUGUCAAGCUCUACAAAGCACACAAUCCCUACAUGACUUCAUACUAUCAUGUUCAGAGUGCAGAAGAGAAUCCAAAUGCUUGUGCUAUUUGUUGACUGUGAUGAUUUAUAAGACAAUUAAGUGCAUGUUUGAAAAUCCUUGUAGAAUUGAUUCUAAGACUAAAAUGAAUUAUGGGGAGAAGUUCAGUGAGUAGGUUCGGGGUGCCAGAGUUGAUUUUAAUGAAAAAUAAGCUGAUCAAGACGUGCUAUAGUUGCUGUUGUUUGUUGGUGAUGGUGAAUUAUACAGCACAAGAGAUGAACAAAUGUAAAAAAGGCUUCUUGUAAAUUGAUUAAGGGUGUAUUAAAAUUGGCUUUACCAGUUUUGAAUGAAAAUAAUAAAUUAUGUGUGCA